GCAGUUUGCAAUUUGCAAAUUGCGCGCAGUUUUGGUUGCGCGUUUGCUGCGAGCAGUUGCACUUGCACUUGCAGUUCUAUUGCCGCGCCCCACCCCCUUUUUCGCUGUCGCCACCUUUGUUUUGUUUUGCCUCUUUUCGGUCUCCCUCCCCUCCGUCAACGAACCCCACUGCAGAGCAGCGCUCCUGGAAUAACUGCAUGUGCGAUUCACCGUUCUAGUUGGCGGCGUGCGCGCGUGCGAGCGAGCGAGACAGACAUACAGAGGCAUGUGCUGGGUCGCAAUGGCGCGCAAGGACGAUCCCGUUUUCAAUGUGCGGUUCGUGCAGUUCGUGGAGAAUCAGCCGUGCCUGUGGAACUACACGCAUCCGGGCUACAGCAAGAAGGAGGAGGUGCAGAGGGCGUGGCAGCAGGUGGCCAACGAUAUCAAGGACACGGUUCGCAACUGUCGCGAGAGAUGGCGCACCAUAAGGAGCAGCUUCCUGCGCUCCCUGAAGCUGGAACGCACCCAAACUGGACGCGGCAAGCGCAAGUACUACCUAUCGAAGUAUAUGCAGUUCCUCGUUCCCUUCACCAAGUCGCGAUCCGGCCACAAGCAACUGCCGGGCAUGGUGCUCCGCAAACCCGGCCAAGCUGCCACCAUUCAGCAGGAGGAUGAGGUGGCGGAGGAGGAGGAGGAGGAGCCGGAGCAGCCGGAGCCCAAUGAGAUGCCGCUGGACGUGCAGAUGUCCGAGGAGGAGCAACUUCGUAAUCAGGAGCAGGAUCGGGAGCCACCCACCGCCUGCUUGCCGCUCCGCCUGCAGACCAUCAAAGUGGAGAAGGACUCGUCGAAUGCGAACCAGCAGCUGGAGGGGAUGCGAAGCCAGGAGUCGCUGGUCUCGGUGCCCGCCGCCUCGCUGGGCAACCACCUGAGCUGGUCGGAUCUGACGCAGUGGGUUAAUGGCCAUGUCAGCGGUCACCACAAGUUAACAACACCAACACCAACACCACCACCACCACCGCCGCCGCAGCCGGCUACGUGUGUUUACACCGGCGGACCAGGCGGAGGUGGCUCGCCACCGGAUGCCGACUACUCCUUUCUGAUCAGCCUGCAUCCGUACAUCAAGGAGAUGAACGGCAAGCAGAAUCGAAAGUUUCGACAGAAGGUCGUCGGGCUCAUCGACGAUAUUCUGGAUAAUAAGGAUGUCUAAUUUGUACACGGAACAAAAAAACGAAGAUGCUUACGUUUCAGCGAUGAAGAUUACGAUUUGUAAACAAAAGAAUGAUAUUUCCGCAUAUAUUCUACAUACCAAAUGCAACAUUAUUUCAAAACCAACAUAUUCACCACUUUCAGAUUUUAUUCUGGCCAUUAUAUUGCUAACUUUUAGACAAUGAACUUAGUUUUUAAAUAUUUAUGUCUAAGUUAAGUGAACGUACAUGAACCGCAAACAGGAACUGCACCGAAAUUUGUAAAGCCCCCAAUGGAACAGGAUGAAAUCACCAGUUAUGUGAUAUUUUCUCUCCGUGUAGACAAGAGACCACAAGAAUCGAAGAAAACACACCCAGCUGAUAGAAAACGCCAACAGUGCCCAUUUAUUAGAUGUGUAGAGCGUACUUUAAUUACGCUUCUUAUUGUUGUUGUUAAGCACACACAAACACGAAUUUGUUAUUGUCAAAUAAAACAUUUAAACAACGAA